AUGCACUCUCUAAAGACUACUUGCGUUGGGCAAAUAUUUGCUCUAGCUAAGCCUCACGAUUCUGCAGGUAAGAAGACGCGUAAUCGGAUUCCCAAAGAGGAGAGAAAGGCACUGAUUGAAACAUUUAUAAAGAAGCAUCAGAACCUAAACAAUGGGAGCUUUCCUUCACUUAGUCUCACACACAAGGAGGUUGGUGGUUCUUUCUACACCAUAAGGGAGAUUGUCAGAGAGAUAAUCCAAGAAAAUAGAGUCCUUGGUCCCGGUGACUUGGUUCUUGCGGGAAAAGGCUCUGACAAUUUGCAAGAUCAGAGUCUGUCAAGUUCAAUCCUGAUGGAUCCUGUGCCCCCUUUAUCUUUAUCCCCAGAAGGAUUCCAUUUGGCUUCAGAUCAAAAUUGUAAUUUUUCUUCCGAGAAUAAGUCAGAUGAAAACUGGGAAACCAUUAAUGGUAGCCAUGUUGGCCCGGAACACGGAGGAUCUGAUGUAUUCAAUUGUGGGGAAGUGAACACAGCUCAACGUUUCGAAGAAGAUGCCGGGCUGAUAGUACACCAAUCAAUGGGCUCUACUGACAUAUCCAGGACUCAGUUUGAAGAAUCUUGCAGUGAAGAAAAUGAUACCAAUCAUGAUGCAGAACUACAAGAUAGAGUGCAGACAGUAUGCGAUAGUUUUGCCACCAAACCUCUGGGUAAAGAGCUCGAGGUGGAUAACAAAGACAAAGGAGUUGAGGAUAUACCUUUCAUGGAAUCAGAAGGAACAAAACCUGUUAACAAUGAUGAAAAAGUGAAUGAUGCUGGAGCAGCGAUGACUGAAAUGGUGAAUAUGACAAAGAACGCAUUAGGAGCAAUUGAUUUGCCAGCAGGAACAGUUGUUGAGACAUUUCCGUUGAGAUCUGUGACUUCAUCAGUGGAGUCAUUGGAUGUACAGUCUAGUGAGUUGGAUGAAGUUUGUGAGGGUGGGAAAGGAGCUGUAACAAUUGUGGAAACCCAUAGCAGUACCAUAAUUCCUGUUGAUCUUGGGGAGAUUUCUUCAUCCACUUCUGCUGUACCUGAAGAAACGGGGACAGGAGUCAUUGUUGGUCAAAUGUCAAAUCAUAUUUCUGUCCCUGUGGAAAAGGAAUUUGGUGAGAAAAUUGUAAAUCCUGCUUCAGUAGAUGUUGAAUGUGUUGAUACUAAUGGGGCGGUGGUUGUGAAUGCUGCGAUUGGCAACAUCCAUGAGACUAAGGAAUUUAGUAAUGGAACUUUGACAACCGAACCGAAAAUGCCCACAUCUAGCACUGAGUCGAGAAAUGGUAAGAAUGACAAAGCAAAAGUGGACACUAUGAGUAGCCAUGCCAGGAACCAAGUUGCAAGUGUAGAGGAGAAGACAACCGUGGAAGAAGGGAAACUUGAUGCUUCGGAUAGUUCCAGCUCUCAGAAAGGAAACAAUGCAACAUUCAACAGAAUUAAACCCGAAUCGUGGAAAGGUCAAUCGAAUAUGGCAGGACAGGAAACUAAUCCGCUUCUGGCAAUUCUGAAAUCUUUCUUGACAGCCUUUGUGAAGUUUUGGUCCGAGUAA